AUGCGGAGCCGGGCUCCUUUUUCUUGUUGUCCGCUUCGGCUCACACUUAUAUUAGUUUUAGGAUUAUCAUUUAUUAGAGGUAAUUUUUCAAUUUCAAGAUGAAGCUGAAAAUUAUACUAUUUUCAGAGACCAAUGGGCUGGCCAAAAAUUUUGUGAAUUCAUCGCAUCCUGAUCUCCGACCAACAUUCGUUGUCAAUUUCGAUACAUCUACAGUUAUUUGUCAGCACAGGUUAGUUUUUGGGGGAAUUUGGGAAUUGGAUUUGGAAAAAGUUUUUAUAACUUUCAAUAAAAAGCGAGAAGCAAAUAGUUUUAGAAAAUCCAGAAAAAUUCCACGUGGCAAAAUAGGACUGAAAAUCUAGAAAACAUUUUAAAAACUAUUUUUUUUGCAAAUAAAGAUCUACUAACCUGUAUUUCAGCUUAUGCCUAAAUUUUUGCUGAAAAUCAGAAAAUCUUCAAAUCGCAAGAAAACUUUUGAAACUUUCUGGAUGAAAAUCCACAUUCACCAAAAAAUCUAGGCUAAAUUUUUGUUCAAAAAUGUUUUUUAAGUUUCCAAAAAAACUAUCAUUUUCUGUUAAAACUAAAGAUAUUUCAGAAUAAAUUGAAAUUAAUCAAUUAAAUGAAAUUAAAACGCUACUUAUUUUCUGAAACACUAUUCAAAAUUUGAAAGAAAAACUCUAAUUUAUUCUAUAAAAAUUAAAUUCCAACAAAAAACAGCAACAUAAAUUUCCUCAACCCCAAAUUACAAACACAGGUCAAACUAGAGUAUAUCUCUACUCUUAUGCAAAACAAUAUCAUAACUAUUUUUUUCUCUCCUUCUCUCACUCUCUCCUCUUUUUCCUCACUGCCUCGCUACAAUCCUUUUUUCGCGGCUCUUUCUCUUAUUUGAAAAAACCAGGCGUCGUUCUAGAAUUUUUUCAUUUUUUUUCCAUUUUUCUCUUCUCUUUUCUUGUUUUUUUUUUGCGCAUCAGUUGAAAUUAGAAAAAACUGCGUCAAGGCUAACUGUAAGCAGAGACUCGAAUUUUUUUCUGAAAAAAAUUUCCGAUUAUAAGAAUUUAUAAAGUUGCCACGUGGCAGUUCCCCGAAGUUUUCGAAAUGUCUUAAAACUUUGCUUUCUCGCUGCAAAAAAAUCUGACCUCAUCUUUUAUUUCAUUUCUUUCUCUUGAAAGGACAAUUCAUUCAAUUCACACAACAAAAAAUUAGCAUUUUCGAUUCAAUUCGGCCUGCCUGUGUUCAUCUUAAUCUUAUUGCGCAACUGACCAUAUAAACAACAUUUUUUCCGGUUCAAUGACACAAUUCAAGGCAAAAUUUCAAAAAAAAUUGAAACAUUUUUUCAGUGCUGAUCCAAAUGAUUUACACAUUCAUAAUAUGAGCUCACUUUGUGAUGGAAAACAAGAUUGUUUUGCGAAUCCAGCAAUGCAUGAUGAAGUUUUUCCAUAUUGUGGUAACUUUUAAAUUCUAGUUAAUUAACUAAUUAACAAAAACAUUUUAUAGAAAAGAAAUGUGACUGUAGUGGAAAUGGUGCUUGUCUUUAUGACGGUUCAAAUCCACAAUGUUAUUGCGAUUCUGGAUUUUCUGGAAAAUCUUGUGAACUCGCGGAUAAAAAUGAGUGCCUGGAGCAUCCUUGCCAUCUAAUGGCUCAAUGUCAAAAUACACUUGGAUCUUAUGAAUGUAGAUGUUUGCCGGGAUAUUCUGGAGAUGGACAUCAAUGUAUUGAUAUUGAUGAGUGUUCGGAGAAAGAGAAAUCAUCUCAUCGCUGUCCGGAAAACUCGAAUUGUAUCAAUUUGCCGGGAACUUUUUAUUGUAAUUGUACACAAGGAUUUACACCAAAAGGAAAUCAAGGAGCUGGUUUGGAUAAAUGUGUAGAUAUUAAUGAAUGUGAUACUGGAGCGAAUAAUUGUCAACAAAAUGAGAUUUGUGAAAAUACGGUGAGUGUGGGGACUGAACAGUGAAUUUUUAAUUUCUGCUAAAAUUAAGGCUUAAUUUUUUAAGCUUAAGGCCUUAAGGUGAACCUAAGUGUUAGCCUGAGCUUUCAUUUGAACCCUAAUUUGAAUCUAAUCCUAAGAUAAAAAAUCGAGGGCUAAGCCUAAAUCUAAGCUUAAGCCUAUGCCUUACUGAUAACCCUAUAAAGAAAUUUUCUAAAAGAGGUCCUACUUUUUUCUUCUCUGUGAAAAAUCCUUCAGAACUUAAGCCAACUCUGUCAUCUGAAAUUGAAUUCCAAUUUUCUUAUUUUCCAGAUUGGAUCAUUCAAAUGUGUCACAAAAUGUUCACCUGGUUAUAAAUUGAUCAAUUCAACAUGUUUCGACAUCGACGAAUGUGCCGAUGAAAAAUUACAUCGAUGUGAUUCUCGUGCUGAAUGUAUUAAUACAAUCGGAGGAUAUCAAUGUGAAUGUGAUGAAGGAUUUGUUGGAGAUGGCAAAAAUUGUCAACGUAAGUAUCAUUUCACAAAAUCUAGAAAUUAAAAAAUCCAAAAAUUUUCAGCCAAAGCAUCUUGCUCGAAAAAUUCAGCAAUUUGCGAUCGCCACGCGUAUUGUAUGCCAAAAAUGGAACUUUGUGUUUGUACCGCUGGAUACACCGGAGACGGAAUAACUUGUCACGAUAUCAAUGAAUGUGAAGCGUUGGAAAAUGCGUGUCCAAGUGGUGGAAGAUGUUUGAAUUUGGAUGGCGGAUUUGUUUGUUGUGGCGGAAGUCAAAGUGAUGAGAAAUGUAUUCAAGAACAAGGAGCGUUUUGUAGUGGAGGAUGUGGUUUGAAUGCAGUUUGUCAGAAUCAGACAUGUCAAUGUGUUGAAGGUUUCAAAGGGGAUGCUAAUAAAAAAUGUGUUGGUAAGUUGGGGGAAGUUUACUAGUUUCGGGAAAUCAGAAUUUUGGCGCCAAACUCCUGACCUACAGUAUCCUAGAAUUAUCAAAAACUUGGAAAAUAAAAUUUUGGUGCCAAAAAAACUACAGUAUUCCAGGAAGGUUUCACGAAAAAAUUUUGAAAAUCAUAAUUUUGGCGCCAGAAAAUAAUUUCCAAAAAUUAUAUUUAGGCGACAAAAUUUCUGAUCUACAGUAUCUCAGAAUUUCCAGAAAACAUUAGAAUUUGGCGCCAAAAAACUACAGUAAUCCAGGAAGGUUUCAAGAGAUUCUGAAAAUUAUGAAUUUUUGACGCCAAAAAUCCUGGGCCUCAAAAUUUUUCUGGCAGAUCAAAAAUAUUUUUUCUCUAAAUCUAUCAAAAUUGUGUCAGGUCUCGAAAAAUGCAGGAUUUUUUUCAUCUUGCAGAAAAUCUCAAGAACUUUCAUUUUUAAAUCUAUUUUUCCACAUUUUUCUCAAGAAACCUUUCCAAAAAAUAUCUGAAUCCAAAUAUUUCCAGACAUUAAUGAAUGCGAAGAAGAUGAAAAGAAAUGCGGCGGAGUCGGAGAUCGCUGUGUAAAUCUGUUCGGAGGCUACGUUUGCUGUCAACAUGGAAGCCAGGCCCCCGAAUGCCUCACCGAUCAAUCAUUCUCCAGCGACAGCUCAACAAUCUCCAGCCAUGCCGCCGAUUUCACAACAACCGGAGAAUUAAUUGAAGGAUCUGGGUCGAUUCAAACAUCUUCAGGUGGAACGAUCAAGAUUCUCAGGGGACAUAUUCCAAAAGAUUUUGAGUUGGCGAGUAAUGGAAGUGAGUUGGACUAUAUUCAGUUUCAAAAAACCAAUAAAUUUUUUCUAGAACUUGCUUGCACUUCGUAUUGCCCUGCAAAUUCUGAAUGCCUUAAUGGAUUCUGCGAAUGUUCAAAAGGUUACGGUGGAAAUGCAUUGAUUGGAUGUGAAGAUGUUGACGAAUGUAUCACUGAAACUUGUAACAUUUCUGAAAAUGAAUGGUGUGUCAAUUUGAUCGGCUCAUUUAUUUGUUGUAAUCCAACAAAUGCCACACAUGAUGAUUGUCUUGGUUUGGAGAUUUCGAAAGAUCGAGGACUUCAUGUGAUUGGUGGAAAUGAAGAGGAUACAAUUCUUGCGACUGCCACAAAUACAACCAGUGAUCAAUUAGUGACAUCAGAAGUUGUGCAACAAUCCAGAAAUUUCUCAUCGGGUCAAAUUAUUUUUACACGUGGCAAAGUUAGAAAUGGUCAAAACAUCACUUUUGAAAGUGCAAGUGGAAGCGGAAGCGGAAACGGAAAUUCAGGAGUUUGGACCGAAGAUGAAGACUCCGAUUCAGAUUCUGAAGAAGAUGAUGAUUUGAUGGAAAAAGGAUCGGGAAGAGAAGUUAUUAUUCCGGAUUUCACAGCGUCGCCUGGAGGAGGUGAUGGAAAUAUUCGAGUUAGAAUAACUACCCUUGGAGAAACUAUUGAGACGUCUACUAAAUCCGUGUUUUUGGAGGCUGGAAAGAACUCAUCAACUGUGGUUUUUGAGACUGGAAGUAAAGGUUCGAAAUUAUCUGGAAGUUCGGGACAUUUUGUUUCUGGAAAAGGAAGUGGACCUGGAAGUGGAGAUGGAUCUUUGGACCUAACUGGCUUAAAACCAGCUGGAUCUUCUGAAUCAGAAUCUGGAUCUUCUUCAGGGGCACCAGGUUCAGGAACAUCUGGAGAUUCGUCAUCUGGAUCGUCUGGAAGUUCAUCAUCUGGCGCAUCCAGUUCCAAUAAAUCAGGGUCAUCUGGAAACACAUCAUCUGGAUCAUCUGGAAGUUCAUCGUCUGGCUCAUCUGGAUCUAUCAAAUCAGGCUCAACAGGAACUUCAACAUCCGGAUCUUCGGGCUCACCUGGUACAAGCUCUGAAGAAACAUCUCAAGAAAUUGGUCUCGAAAUCAAAUGGAUCGGAAAUAGUUCACAGACAACUGAACCAACACCAAUCGAUGAAAAAGGUUUGAAACGAACAAAAGUUCCGGAAACAUCAACAACUCCAGAAGGUGUUAUUGAUAUUGAGGGAAGUGGAUUAGUUUUUGGUAGAGAGGAAACAAUUGGAGGUGGAAAGAAGACAACUGUUGGAAUUAUAACUGGAACUCCUGGAGAAACCACAUCGGAACCUUUGACAAAUGAGUCAACAACAAGUUCAGGAAAGUCAGAAAGCACUAUUGGAUUGAUCACUGGAACACCGGAAGCUACAUCUGUUGGACCAACUGAAGGAUCUGGGGAGACAACCACAUCGGAAGGAUCAGGAGAGCCCUCAACAACAUCGGAGCCUUUGUCAACAACAAAUUCAGGAGAAUCUGGAGCAACUGUUUCACAAUCCACACCAUCAACUGAAGCUACCAAAGCUCCAGUAACAGACGCUACAGCAGCACCAUCUGAAGCGACAGAAUCUUCAACAGCUACCUCGGCUUCAGCGAGUUCAACAUCUACCAUUGCUUCAGAAGGCUCUGGCGAAUCAAACGAAGCUCCAGAAUCUGGCUCCACAACUGCUUUGGAAGAAUCAAGUGCAGCUCCAGAAUCUACAACUCCUGCUGGAAGUUCAUCACCAGCUUCGUCGGAACCCACAUCUGGAACUACAGAGGGAUCUGGUGAAUCGAGCCAAGCUCCAGAAGCAUCAACCCCAAUAUCUGGCUCUACAACUGCAGUUCCAGAAAAAUCGACAACUUCUGUGGGAAGUUCAACAUCACCUUCAUCCGGAACUACAGAAGGAUCUGAUGAAGCCACAUCAACAUCUGAAGCUUCCUCAGCAACAUCAGAAGCUACAGUACUUCCAGACGGUUCUGGUGAAUCAACACAAGCUCCAGGAGGCUCCACAACAUCGGAAUCAACACUCUCAACUGAAGGAUCUGGAGUGCCUGAAUCAACCACAUCUCCUUCAUCAAAGGGAACUACUUCAACCCUUGCUGAAACAUCUGAAUCCACACUUUCUCCAGAAGGAUCUGGCGAAUCAUCAACCACUGCUUCUCCUACAACUUCUGAAGAGAGAACAAUCACUCCAGAAGGUUCUGGAACAACUUCAGAAGAAAUCAAUCCACUUCCAACUCGAGGAAAAACUCCAGCAUCGACAUUGUCAACCAAAUCCCCUUCAACACCUGAAAUGGGACUCGAAAUAUCUGGAAAAACCACACCGUCAUUGACCACAAAUGAAGCUGAACAAACAACAACUGAAUCAAAUGGAUCUGGCGAAGAAAUGGGACUUGAGAUUUCUGGAAGAACAACUCCUGAAAUGGGAUUGGAAAUAUCUGGAAAAACAACAACUCCUGAAGGAAAAAUCACAAUUGAUAUUGAGGAAUCGACAACACCGAUUCCAUCAGAUUCUACGGUUUCUUUGUCAUCCACAAGUUCACCAGUCUCUUCUUCUACUCCUGAGGUUGAAACAUCAACUUCAAACGAGUCAUCGUCUGAAGGAACCACAAAAUCUGGAUCUACCUCAUCAUCCGAGGCAACCAUUGGAACAUCAGAAUCCACAACAGUGCCAACUUCAGUUGGAACUAGCGAGUCAGUAAAACCAUCAGAGCGUACAUCUGCUAAACCUUCUGAAGCGACCGUAUCUCCAGUGGAGGCUUCUACAACCGCCCCAGGAUCUGUAUCAUCAGAAGCGACUACUCCAGAAACAUCUUCUGAAGAAAAACCAACCUCUGCUAAACCAGAUGAAUCUUCUGAAGCCACCGGAUCUCCAGCUGAGGGUUCAACAACCGCCUCAGGUUCUAAAUCAUCAGAAUCUACCACUCCUGCAACAACUUCUGAAGAAAAAUCAACCUCUGCUAAACCAGACGGGUCUUCUGAAGCCACUGGAUCUCCAACCGAGAGUUCUACAACAAUCUCAGGAUCUAAAUCUUCUGAAUCUACCACUCUUUCUGGAUCAGAAUCUUCAACAACUGUUGCUAGUACUUCAUCAGAGGCUACUACUCCAGCCACAUCAUCUAAAGGACCUGAAUCUUCAGUGGCUCCAUCAACUGAAGCCACUACACAAUCUAUCGCAACAUCAACCCCGUCAGUAACACCCUCGAGUCAAGCAGCCACAAUUCAAGGUCGAGAAGAAGUCACAACACCAACAACCAAAGAAACCUUCGCAUUGCCAACCACCACAGCUUUGCCAUCAAAUGAAACAACUCAAUCGCCAAGUGAAAACAUCAAAUGCACUUCAAGUGAUCAAUGUGGAAAUGACGCAUUAUGUGAGAGACGAACUGGUGUUUGUCGAUGUGAACCUGGAUUUGAAGGAAUUCCACCAAAAACAAGUUGUAUUGAUGUGGAUGAAUGUGCCACCGGACAUCAUAAAUGCCACGAAUCAUCGAGAUGUCAAAACUAUAUUGGUGGAUAUGCUUGUUUCUGUCCAACCGGAUAUCGAAAAUCAGAAAAUGGUGAAUGUAUUGAUAUCAAUGAAUGCGUUGAACACAAUUCAACAUGCUGCGGAACAAAUGCAAAAUGUGUGAAUAAACCAGGAACAUAUUCUUGUGAAUGUGAAUCUGGAUAUAUUGGAGAUGGUUAUAAAUGUGUGCCAAAUGAGAAACGAAUUUGUGAAAAAGUGGAAGCUGAUCGAGCAAAUUGUGCAAAUAAUCGAGCUUGUAUGAUUGAUCGAAAUGGAAUUAUUGAUUGUUCAGAAUGUAUCAGUGGAUAUGAAUUAAUUAACGGAGAAUGUGUUGAUAUCAAUGAAUGCUCCAAAAAUCCAUGUGCUUCUGAUGCAAAUUGCUCAAACUUGAAUGGAACAUUCCAAUGUUCUUGUAAACAAGGAUAUCGAGGAGAUGGAUUUAUGUGUUCAGAUAUCAAUGAAUGUCAAGACAAUUCACAUUCUUGUCAUCCACAUGCUGAUUGUACCAAUUUACCAGGAUCAUUUGAGUGUAAAUGCCAGGGUGGAUUUGAGGGAGAUGGAAUUACAAAAUGUAUGAACACUCUUGAAAAGAGCUGUGAAGAUGUUGAAAAAUUCUGCGGACACUCGAAACACGUUUCAUGCCUUAGUGUUCGUAUUUUCAAUGGAUCAUUGAGUUCAAUCUGCGAAUGUGAACCUGGAUUCCGACUUGUUGGCGGAGAAUGCGUCGAUAUUGAUGAAUGCGAUGAGAAUCGUCAUAAUUGCGAUCCAGCUUCGUCGAUUUGUGUCAACACCGAAGGAUCAUUCAAAUGCGAUUGUGCCGAAGGUUAUGAAGGCGAAGGUGGAGUUUGUACCGAUAUUGAUGAAUGUGAUCGCGGGAUGGCGGGUUGUGACGGAAUGGCGAUGUGUAUUAAUCGAAUGGGAUCUUGUGGAUGUAAAUGUAUGCCAGGAUAUACUGGAGAUGGAGUUCAAUGUUCAAGUGAGUCACAUUUUACUGUAUCUAAAAACGGAUUUUCAAAACUUGGGCUAACAUUCAAAAAAUGGGGGCCGCAUCUGAGUUUACUACCCCAUCAAAUGUGGUCUUGAGUUCAGUUUAGCCUCAAAAUGCCUGGUGAAAAUGAUCUUUUGAGAUUUUUUAAAUUCUGCUCUCCAAAAAAGUGGAUUUUGCCAAGCCAAAAAAUCUCAAAGCACCCAAUAAACUCACAAAUAAUUCCUGCCACUUAUUAUUGUUCCAGAAAGAAUGAAUAAUCUGAUUAUGAGAUUGUGAGAUAACUAUGACAUUGAAAAUUAGGUCACGUUUUUUUUUGAAAAUGUGGGAAUCAAAAUGAAUUUGCCAAGCGGGGGCUUUUCUGCGUUUUAUCCACAUUCUCUCUUCCUGAAUCUUUCAAAUCAAUUUUUUCCAGAGAUUGAGCCAAGCGAUAAUUCAAAAUGCACAGAAGAAUGGGAACGACUUUGUGAAAUCGAGAACAAACAAUGUACUGUUGAUGAGGAAGAAGUUCCACAAUGUGGUGCUUGUUUAAUCGGACAUCAACCAAUUAAUGGAACUUGCCAAUCAGUCGCUGUUUCGGGUCUUUGCAAACACAAUAACGAUUGUAGCGAACAUGCGGAUUGUAUUGAUAUUCAACCAAAUUCUCAUCUUUGUGUUUGCACUCCUGGAUUUAUUGGGGACGGAAAAAUGUGCGAUGGUAAGAUAUAUCUGUGAAACUAUUGAGCUCAAAUAAUUUUUUAAAGAUAUCGAUGAGUGUUCCCUCGAAGGAAUGUGCGAUUCAGCCAAUUCAGCAUGUGUUAACACAAUCGGAGCAUUCAAAUGUGUUUGUAACGAAGGUUUCGAGUUAGAUGGUCAUGUUUGUGUUCCAUCAGUUAAAAGUACCACAUUAGCCCCAUCAACAGGUAAGUAAACGCACUUUUUUGUGAUUGUCACUCAGCACUUUGUUCAGAGUCCCAUCGUGAACCUGUCUCACUUGAGAGUUCAACUAAAGUCACCACUUUGUCUGUCAAUGUUACGGAAAGUAGUAAACCAGGAAGUCAAAGUUCAGUGUCUACCAGUGUUGCACCUAAAACUGAAAAUGUGACGCCGAAGCCAACUUCGAAGGAGUCUUCAUCAACUGCAAAGCCUACCAAAGCUGUUGAAUCUACAGGAGCCACUAAAUCUGGAAAAUCAGAAACGGAUCUAACAUCGACUAAGAAAACAUCUUCAACAGCAAAACCCACUGUAACCAAAUCACCUGUUGUUGAAUCUACGACUUUGAGAACCGCUACUUCUAAAAAAUCCGAGUCGACUAAGGAAACAUCGGAAUCUUCGAAACCUACCACAGCCAAACCAUCUGUUACCACAACAUCUGUAAAAUUAGAAAGUUCAACCAAAAAAGUGGAGAUCACAACUCCGAAGAGUGUGAGCUCGAGCACACAGAAAACUGUUGAAUCUACCAAAUCAACACCAACUUCUGGGGGUUCCACCAGCACCAAAAAACCAACUUCAAAAAUUCCAUCAACAACAUCUCAAUCAGAUCUUGUCCUGAAUGUUAUAACUACAACUUCAACACCACUAACUGUGAUUCUGUCUUCUUCCACUUCAACCUCCCAAGCAUCUUCAGAACCAACACCUCCACCAACAGCAUCCACCACAACUCGAAUUGUUCCAACAACAGGUGAGCAUCGAAUUGAGUUAGGGAAAAUAGCAUGAGAUAGUUAGGUUAACUCUGUUUUGCAUGUGUUUUGUUUGACAGCUCGUCGAGGUCCACCAAGUAUGACACCACCAGCCGAAGAAACCACUACCGCCAGCGCAAAUGGGGGAUAUGGUGAAGCUGAAGUUGAGGUGUCGACUAGCAGUUCGACCACGACUACAGUACCAGCCACUACAGUAGUAACCACUACAGUAUCAACCACUACAGUACCAACCACAGUAACUCUUCCUACUACUACCCUCAGAACAGCACGUGAGUUGCACGGCAUGAUUUUUUUGGAGGAAAUUUUUUUUGACAACAGCCUGAUUUGUUCAGUGAACUUUUGAUUUCCAAUAUGAUUUUUCCAGCCGCUGAAUCAAUCUCUUGUUCAAAUUGUCAUCAACUCGCCAUUUGCUCCUCGAAUCAAACUUGUGUUUGUCGCGAAGGAUUUAUUGGUGACGGAAUCGCGAACUGUAGUAAACUAACAACCGCCGAUUGUAUGUCACUUCCAUCGCUUUGCGCAUCCAACGGAUAUUGUGACACCAAAACUCGCGAUUGUAAAUGUGAUGCUGGAUACAUCGGAGAUGGUUAUAUUUGUGCUCCACAUCCACAAGAUUGUGUUCUUCGACCAAAUCUUUGCCCAUCUGAAGCGAUUUGUCAGAAUCGACGAUGUCAAUGUCUUCCGGGUUAUACUGGAGAUGGUAUCAAAUGUGUUAGUAUUCAUGAGAGAGCUUCGAAUUGCUCGCAAUGUGAUGAAAAUGCAUCGUGUGUUGGGGGAACAACUUGCAAGUGUAAUGUGAGUUUUGGGUUCCAUCAUGGUUCCAUGAAAUUUUUUUGAAAAUUUUGAUUUUUUGGACCAAUAUAUUAGGAACCCUCACCUUCCAUAAUUCAAUAAUCCUUGAUUUUCCAGCCUGGCUACUUCGGAAAUGGUCUUUGUUGUGUUCCUGAUCCAACAGAUUGUGUGCAUUUCACUGGAAUCUGCCAUACAAAUGCUCAAUGUGACACAUCUUCUCGACAAUGCAAAUGUGCUUCUGGAUACUCUGGAAAUGGAUUAUCCUGUUUCCCCCAAAAAUCAUGUAGAACUGAUCGAAAUGUCUGUUCAAAUAAUGGAAUCUGUUUGCCAACUGGAAAUUGUAUUUGUCGAAUUGGAUUUGAAGGAGAUGGAUAUAAUUGUGAAAAAGCUGGAACUGCCGCGUUGAACUUGAGAAAUGAUCCAAUCUCAUCUUGUUUGACACCGUGUGAUAGUGUUUCAGAGAUUUGUAUCGGUGGAAAAUGUUUGUGCAAAGAUGGAUUCCGUCAAAAUUCCACUAAUUCAUGUAUUGAUAUCAAUGAAUGUGAAGAGAAAUUGGAUAGAUGUGAUCGAUUGGCAACAUGCCAAAAUACAAUCGGAAAUCAUGUUUGUCUUUGUCCAAAUGGAUAUAUUGGAGAUGGAACAACUUGUAUUCCACACACUCAGAAUACUGGAGGCAUUUCGGUUUAUUGCGAAGCUGAUGGAAUGACAUUGGUGUUAGGAGAUUCCGAGAAUUUCGAGGGAAGAAUAUUCGUCAGAGGACAAGCUGAAAAUCCAUAUUGUUCGAAAUCAUUCAGCAGUUUGUUGAAUUCUCAAAAACCAUAUGUUUUCAAAGUUCUUUUUGAGCAUUGUGAUGUUCAACUUCAAGAUAACGUAAGCUCCUUACUCAAAAAAUAUAGAUAAAAAAUAAUGAGAACCUUUUUAGCAUACAAUGGCGUCUACAGUAGUUGUACAAAAACAUGCGAUGUUCUUGACAAGUAAAGCUGAUUCUUACGAUCUCCGCUGUCAAUAUCCAAUCGGUUCACAAGCUGUUGAAUCGCAAGUGAAUGUCAGCGAAUUAGCAACAACUUCAACAUUAGUCGAUAAUAAUUCGGAACUUGCUCCAACUUGUAAACUCGGAGUUUCAAAUGAGCAACAAUUAUCGAUUAGUAGCGCCACAGUUGGAGACACUCUCAAAUUGAGUUUGUCAGUUAUCCCAGCAUCUGCGAAUUUUGGAAUUCUCCCCAAAAAUUGUUUCGCAGUGAAUAUUGAAAGUGGUGAAAGAUACACUUUGACUGAUUCACUUGGUUGUGCAAUUGAUGAAACAUUAUUCCCACAAUGGAGUGUUGUAUCCAAUAAUAGUGUUCAAGCGAUAUUCCGAACAUUUAAAUGGCCAGACAGUUCAAUGAUUCGAUUCCAAUGUGAUUGUUCACCUUGUAUUGGAUCAUGUUCGAUUCCAAGUUGUAUGAAAGUUCAGCGAUUCAGAAGACAUAUUCCGAUUGUGAAUGAUGAGAUUCGAGAAAAUCUAGUUUUGGUGAGUAUAAAACUUCUUAGAUGUUUUUUUCCUAAACAACUUAUUUUUCAGAUGAAUGGCGUUGAAGGUUUAGCCGUCUCCUCAAUCAUAAAUGUUCACGACUCUUCAAAUCUCCUCGACGACGAUAACACCUUCACAAUCCCGCCCCCAAUCUCCUCUUCUUAUUCCCCAUCCGAAAUUUGUGUCAAACUCGCUCCAUUGAUAAUUGCUCUUUGCUCAUUCAUCUUCUGCUCCCUUGUUCUUCUCUAUUUAUUCUCACCGAAAACCACCAAAUCAGAGUUUUAA